CCCAGCCUCGCUCACAGGCGGAAGUGACGUCGGGCGAGGCUGCUCCCUGCUGGUUGCCGGGGGGCUCGCGGCGCUGUGCACGCUAGCAGCCGGGCAUGACGGUGGGAGACGUGUAGCAGGGCUGUUGUGUGCUCAAAAGCGCUGGCUUCCAGGAGCCAUGUCGCUCUUGUCCUUGUCAAGUAGGCUGGGAGGCAGAGACGGUUCACAGGCACUGAUCCGGGGCUUCACGGCUCUGCAUAGCGGAGGCCGCCGGGCUGCGCGGCUCCGGCAGGUCGGUGAGCCGGUGGGAGCCGGGUCGGUCUCGGCGAGGUCCCGCGGCUUUCCGGGCACAAGACCUCUGUGCACGUCCUCUGUCAGCGGCCGGGACAUGACCAGCUCGCUUUGGGCACUUUACAAUGAGACCAAAAAGCAGACGGAAGAUUUAAUCCCAGCUAUUGCACGUAAUUUCCUAAACCCAGAUGCUAUCUUUGCCAACAACGAGAUGAGCCUAGAAGACAUCGAAAUCUAUGGCUUUGACUAUGACUACACCUUGGCUUUCUACUCCAGCCACCUGCACACACUGAUAUUUAACAUAGCCAGAGACAUCCUCAUUCAGGAGCACAGGUAUCCAGAGGGCCUGCGGGAAUACGACUAUAUUCCUGAUUUUGUUAUCAGGGGUCUUCAUUAUGAUGUGCAGAAGGCUUUGCUGAUGAAGAUCGAUGCCUUUCAUUACAUCCAGUUAGGAACUGUGUACAGAGGGCUGCACCCCGUGUCGGAUAAGGAGGUCGUCGCCAUGUACGAAGGCUCCCAUGUGCCCCUGGAGCAGAUGAGCGAUUUCUACGGCAAGAGUUCCCACGGCCACACCAUGAAACAGUUCAUGGACAUCUUCUCCCUGCCUGAGAUGACUCUGCUCUCUUGCGUCAACGAUUACUUCAUGAAGCACAACAUCGACUACGAGCCUGUCCACCUCUAUAAGGAUGUCAAGGAGGCGAUUGGAGAUGUCCAUGUGAAAGGCAUCAUGUACCGGGCUGUGGAAGCAGAUAUUGAAAAGUACAUCUGCUAUGGUGAGCAGACCCAUGCUGUUUUGAGCAAGCUGUCAGAGAACGGGAAGAAGAUGUUUCUGAUAACUAACAGUCCUUUCGACUUUGUGGACAGAGGCAUGAACUACAUCGUGGGGAAGGACUGGAGAGACCUCUUUGAUGUCGUCAUCGUACAGGCGGACAAGCCUGGCUUUUUCAAUGACAGGAGGAAGCCGUUCCGGAGGGUGACGGAUAAAGGGGUGCUCUUGUGGGACAGGAUUCACCGUCUGGAGAAGGGACAGAUUUACAAACAGGGCAACCUGUAUGAGUUUCUGAGGCUGACAGGCUGGAGAGGAUCCAAAGUGCUGUAUUUUGGGGAUCACAUCUACAGUGAUCUGGCCGACCUGACUCUGAAGCACGGCUGGAGGACUGGCGCCAUCAUCCCGGAGCUCCGGCAGGAGAUCAAGAUCAUGAACACGGAGGAGUACGUUCACACGGUGACAUGGCUGCAGGGCCUCACUGUGCUGCUGGAGCACAUGCAGGUGCACAGAGAUGCUGAGUCACAGAUGGUCUUGCAGGAGUGGAUCAAGGAGAGAGAAGCUAUGAGGUCGAGGACGAAGGACAUCUUCAACCCUCAGUUCGGGAGCCUCUUCAGGACUUCCCACAACCCCACGUACUUCUCCCGGCGCCUCUCCAGGUUUGCGGACAUCUACAUGGCCUCCCUCAGCUGCCUGCUCAACUACAACCUGCACCACACUUUCUUCCCCUGCCGCACCCCUCUGCAGCACGAGGCCCCGGUCUGGCCUGGCCAGAUGGGCGCCGGCUUCUUCAAGACGCCAUGCCUGGCAGAGGUGGCCCAGGCCAAGUAGAGACAGGACAGGCUGGGAGACGGUCAUGGUGUUGCCAAGCCUGUACCCUCAAGCUGUGCUUGGACAGGCCGGGAGAGAGAAGAGCCGUCCAUUAACAUCUUGUGCAGGUCGCUGUAGUGCUUCCUUUUCCGUAAUGUGGCUACUUGCUGUGCUCUUGAAGCCUUGUGCCUGUUUGCAUGUUGUGGCUUUUAAAUAUAACGCAACAGCUCUGUAGAACCAGCUCACCUUCUCGAUAGGCUGGAUAACGGACUUUGACUCCUUGUUUCCACUGUAAAUGGGUCCGAAAAAUCACGCUAUGUGGAAAUCCAUCACAGAGGAUUGAGGCCACAUGAUUAGAUUUAUCCCUGUUGUGUCUGACAAUCUUUACAUGAAGGAAAGAUGAAGCUUGCAGGAGCUAAUCAGUUUUUUUGAGUACACAUGAAAGAAAAUGGUGAUUUAACAGGAGGUGAAAGUCACUGGGAUAGACAACACAGAAACUAAAUCUUGCUUCUUUCCUGAAUCUAAUGCGUUGCCUUCUGUGUUUGACUCAACAAACAGCCGCACUGUUUUCACUGCUGGGGUGAAAAAGGCCAUGUUUUGCACAGGGAGAAACAGGGCUGUACUCCUUUAUUCUCUUAGACUUGUAUUUCUUACUUUAAACAUGCUACAUUCAGGCUAUUUAAACAGAAUGUAAAAUAUGUUAUUUUUAUAAGGAAGAGGUCGAUCAUUUGCCUAUUUACAUUUUUAUUGUUUUGUUUAAUGACUGAAAUGUGUUUGGAGUUUGAAUUUUAUGUGCAUUGUAUAUGCUGCAAAGGCGAAUCACACAUUUUACAUCUUAAUAUACACAGCGUGGACAUGUACAGUACUGUAUAACGGUAAUGUUUUAUUUACAUGAAGAUGAUUUUAAUUAAAAUAUACAGUAAAUUAGCCCCCAAACCUCUAUGAAACAUGCCUUUACUAUUUUAGUACCUUGGUUUAUGGUGGAUUAUCAAUGUGUAUGCUGUUUUGAUUACAUUCUGCAUGGACUGUAUUAUAUAAGAUGUUGUCAACGUAUAGUCACAGCAAAGCCUUCAUUCUCCUGACAUUCUGCUGCGUUUCCUGUUCACAGAAUGCUUGUCGGGUCUGUUAGCUUUGUAUGAUUUAAUCAUUCAGAAUUCUGUAUUAUAAAUAAAUUACGGGUUGAUUAGAUAACU